GCAAACUGUCUUUCUGCUGCCUACAUUCAAGGUCUUCCCCUGUGGCAAUGCAAGACAACUUGAAGCCCUUCUUACUGAAAGAGUGAUGGAUUAUGGCACAGGCUCAAGGUUUGGGGAAGAGAUACAUUAAAGCCUUUUUUAAAGGUUUCUUUGUUGCUGUUCCGGUAACCGUGACUUUCCUGGAUAGAGUUGCCUGUGUAGCAAGGGUGGAAGGAGCAUCAAUGCAGCCGUCUUUGAAUCCUGGGGGAAGACAAGCAUCUGAUGUAGUGCUCUUAAACCACUGGAGCAUUCGAAAUUAUGAUGUACAACGUGGGGACAUUGUGUCACUGGUGUCUCCUAGAAACCCUGAACAGAAGAUCAUUAAACGAGUGAUUGCUCUUGAAGGAGACAUUAUCAAAACCAUUGGAUACAAAAAGAAAUACGUGAAAGUUCCACACGGGCAUAUUUGGGUGGAAGGUGAUCACCAUGGACACAGCUUUGACAGCAAUGCUUUUGGCCCGGUUUCUCUUGGACUUCUACAUGCUCGAGCUACUCAUAUCCUCUGGCCUCCGCAACGCUGGCAGAAGUUACAGCCAAUGCUACCUCCAGAGCGCAAACCACUCCAGAGAGAGCAAGAGUGAUCUAAACGUUCAGACAGAACGCUGAAGUGAAGUUUAACCAGGAAGAAUUGCGGUGGUUAUACCAUCACCCGUAAGAGCUUUGCCAUGUGCGUUUUAACAUCAGGUACCAUAUCAGCAAAUACACGUGACAUCUUCAUGUUAAAAUGCCACCUUAAGCGUAAAGUGGUUUUGGUUUUUUGUUUGUUUUGUUGUUUGGUGUUUUUUUUAAAUCUCAAACAGUAGUGCGUUGUGUGUUAUUUUGGUUUGAAAUAAUUGGUUGUAGAAGGUUUGAAUGUUCAAUUUUUCUGGGAGCAGAAAAAUGCUUGACAUAUGUCUGUACCUGUGCUUCUCU